AAUUCGUAAAGAAUAUCGAUUUAAAAAAAUAUUAACAUGCAAAGUUGUGAAAGUACGAAAAUAUCAAAAUCAAAACAUUAUAGCGCAAUCGAGAAAAAAAUCUUUUUGGAAAUAUUAAAAGAUUUCAAGCACGUUAUAGAGGUUAAGAAAAGUGAUAGCUCAACACUUCGUGAUAAAGAAGUUGCAUGGUCGGAAAUUUGUAAACGAUACAAUGACUGUACAGUGAUUUUGCAAGAGCGUACAGUACAACAACUAAAAAAACUGUGGGCAAAUUUGAAACAAAGUCAACGAAAAGUACUGACAAAAGAGAAACAGGCUCGUCUAGAUACUGGUGGCGACCCACCUCUUGCAGAGAUAAAUAUUGACCCUGAUAUAGCUCUAAUAACACCGCAUCUUAUGGAAACAGCUUCUGUUCUGUUUUCAUCAAACAUGUCAGAAAAUGAAGUUAAUGAAAACGAAGAACAUGUUAUGAAUGCUUUACAAGAUGGUAAUAUAAUCAUGUUAUUCAAAAAUAAUAAUGGAAAAUUAAUGACUAAGAAUGCUGAAAUAGAUGAAGGUGAUGUAACUGUAGAUACAAACAAGGAAAAUCAAAACACCCAUGAAUGGCUUCCUAUGAAAAGAAAAGGAAAUUGGGAUACUGAUGGUUUAAGAGCACUAAAAAACAUAUGA